CAGUAAACUCCACACACGCCUAAACUAACUCUGUCUAAUAUCUAUUUACUACCUACCUACCUUUACCUAGGUACCUAGUAUUUAUUGGUGUCGAAGUCCAACGCCAUGAUACACUUUCAACCCGAACGGCAGAAUCAAUUAAGAAGGGCUUGCGACAGAUGCCAUCAAUCUAAAUCAAAAUGUUUCAGGGACAACGACAACGAGUCAUGUCAACGCUGCCUUCGCGCAAACAUUGGCUGUGUCUCUAGCCCUCCGGCUUCGAGACGUCACGCACAAGCUGCGUCCAGAGAGGUACUCAAACCAACACCACUAGGAUCGGUAACUUCUGCGCUUCACCCAUCAGGUCAGUCAUUAGAAAAUGGGUUGUCAACUUCGAGGGUCAUAGCCAAGUCGUGUCCCGCCGCAAGCUCUUCCGCAGUUAACGGCUACCAACCGAGCCCCAUAGGAGAAUCAUCAUCACCUACCCAAGAGCCUGUUUGUGAUCUCAUAAGCCUGCUUCAAAAACUGUCGGAUCUGAAUAUCAAUUUAAUGAGUCAACUAAGCACAAUUCCUGAAAUUAACCCAAACAGCACUGACAGUAGCCCGUUUCAACCAGAGAGAACCAAGCUUUUCAGUAUAGAUCAAACAUUCAACCUAUCUCAGGUAUUCAUUGAUGUUAUGAGUCAACUCUGCUUGGGAUUACCCCCCUCUCAUAGCGAUACCCCCGGGCAGACAGCAGAAGCGAAACGCACUCUAUUUUCUCUCGAUCCGGCUUCGGAACUACUCAUAUUUUCAACCUAUCUUCACCUAAUAGAAACUCACGACAGAAUCUUACGACUGAUGAAGGAUUCUGCCAAGAACAGGGAACCUGAUUCCCCUAUCCGAUAUCCAUUUCAAAUACCAGACUUCACCAUAGGCUCAUUCUCCUUACCAACACAAACAGACACCCAGUCAUUCAUUCUUCUCAACAUCAUGGAUACAAUGAUAGCGCGAGCACGAGGAGUCGUAGCGGAGGCGACAACCCCUAAGCAGACCAUUGGGUACCGGGGAGAUUUCCAGUCUUUCGGUGGCGUUACGCUGGUUAUUGUACCGGACUUAGCGCGAAGUGCGAUUCGCGUCCGCGAAGAUUCUCUUGUUGAGAUGAUUAAAGAUCUCCAGAAUCACAUAUUUCAAUCUACUAUAUGACGACACGGGGAUCUCUAAAUGUGUUGAUAUUUUGGAGAAUUUUAAUUCCUAGAACGUCCACAUGCAAAUUUCUAUGUAGACCCUACAAAGAGUACUGAUCUAUCUAGUCUACAGAGUACCUAGGUACCUACCAG